CAUUACCAUUUAUCCGUCAAAAAUGGAAAGUUCAUCUUAAAAAAAAAAAGGAAAAAUAAACCGAUAGCUGAGAAAUUUCUGUGAUCACUUCACCAUUAAUGGCGUCCUUGACGAUAACGAACCCAGCCAUGUUCGCGCCUCAUUCUCCCUUGCUGCAAAUCCCUUCAUUUUGCCAUUACUCGCUUCUCCCUCUUCUCCAUGGCCGCCUUCCUGCUCCCGCUCCCGCUUCAGUUUCCAAAUCCUCAUUUCGGAGAGUAAACGGUGACACUCAGCUUCUCUCAUCUUCGUCUUCCUCGAGAUACCGCAACUCGACUCGGAAUGUGAAGGUCAGGUCGCAGCUGAGGCAUCCAAUUAUUGCGCCAGAUGAUUCUUGGGGUACAUGGACUGCUUUGUUUGCUAUUGGCACAUUGGGCCUCUGGUCUGAGAAGACCAAGAUUGGUAGCACAGUGAGUGCUGCUUUGGUUAGCACUUUGGUUGGCUUGGCAGCCAGUAACUUUGGCAUAAUCCCUUAUGAAGCCAUGCCUUAUUCGAUUGUCAUGGAAUUUCUGCUACCAUUAUCUGUUCCAUUGCUACUAUUUCGAGCAGACAUUCGUAAUAUAAUCAGAUCGACUGGGUCAUUACUUGGAGUUUUCCUGCUUGGGUCAGUUGCGACUAUUAUAGGAACUGUAGUAGCAUUUCUCAUGGUGCCUAUGAGAUCACUUGGUCCAGACAAUUGGAAAAUAGCUGCUGCUCUCAUGGGUAGUUAUAUUGGUGGAUCUGUUAAUUAUGUUGCAAUUUCAGAGGCUCUUGGUGUUUCUCCAUCAGUUUUAGCAGCAGGAAUGGCUGCUGACAAUGUCAUCUGUGCUUUAUACUUUGUGGCUCUCUUUGCACUGGCUUCCAGAACACCUCCUGAGCCUCUGACAUCAACUGACGCUGCUUCAACUGACAAGGACUUUGAUCUUGGCACGAAGCCCCCUGUGUUGCAGACUGCUACGGCUGUUGUUACAUCAUUUGCAAUAUGCAAGUUUGUUACAUGGAUUACUAAUAUAUGUAAAAUUCGAGGUGGCAAUCUUCCUGGGGUAACUGCAGUUGUAGUCAUUCUAGCUACCAUUCUCCCAAAACAGUUCAAUUAUUUAGCACCUGCAGCUGAUACAAUUGCCUUCAUUCUUAUGCAGGUAUUCUUUGCUGUUGUGGGUGCUAGUGGGAGUGUAUGGUAUGUCAUCAACAAUGCACCAAGUAUUUUCAUGUUUGCUCUAGUUCAAGUUACAGUCCAUCUUGCUGUAAUUCUAAGUUUUGGAAAGCUGUUCAGUAUUGAUUUAAAGCUGUUGCUUCUGGCUUCAAAUGCCAAUAUUGGGGGCCCAACAACAGCAUGUGGAAUGGCAACUGCCAAGGGUUGGAGAUCUUUGGUGGUUCCUAGUAUUCUUGCUGGCAUUUUCGGUAUCGCAAUUGCUACUUUUCUGGGCGUUGGUUUUGGGUUGAUGAUUCUCAGGCACAUGUAGAUGACACGUAAGUUUUCUUAAAACAUCAAAACUGUGAUCACAUUCCUUCGUACAGUCAUAGAUGAAAAAUAUUAAUAGACAUCCUAAUAAAACAUAUUAAUAGAAAAAUGGGAAGGAGGAAAACUUAUAUAGAACCCAUCUCUUAUGAUUUGUAAAAGCCGUUGGAAAAUCUGUUAUUGCUUUGGAAUUUAUUCAUAUGGUCAAAACAAGAUUAUAUUCUCAA